AUGGCGACGACCGCCCAGCUCGAUGAUCCCCUCCUCAACCUCCGCGCCGCUAUCGCCAGCAAUACCCUCCCAAUCCUCACCACGACCGCCGAUCCAACUUCCGCCAGCGACGCUGUAGACAACAUCGCCGUCGCAACCCACCUCUCGUUCAACCACGAUGACACCCACCGCACAUUUCCCCUCUCCACACCGACCCGCUUCGCGCCCUCGGGAGCCCCGUUCGACCUCCGCAGCAUCUACUUCGCCUGGCUACGGCGCGAGGACCCUGUCCCCACCUACAUCAGCGCAACACAGGCGCUGAACCAAGAGCUCUCCGCGCCUGGUGGCGCUGGUGGAAGCGUGCAGAACUUAGUCUUUGUGCAGAAGCUCGACCUUAAUGCCUGGCUGAAAGGCGAAGCAGAGUCGAGCGAGUACAUCAAAGGGUUGGACUCGGAUGCCGCAACCACCCAAGCAGCGACCUCAGCCGAAGUCGCGUCGGGAGCUGCAGGCGGCAUCGCGACAGUCUCAAGUGCCGCUGCGCCAGGAAAGAUGGGAAAGACGGUGGACCAGCGGUUGGCCGAGAUAUACGAAGGCGAGCGCAAGACGGGUGAUCGGAAUAGCGUGCUAAGAGGCAUCAAACCAACCGACUUCUCCCACAUCCGCAAAACCGCCUCCAUCUACCUCAAGCACGGCCGCCCCACGGCCGCACCCGCCAGCAUCCCUCAGCCCCUCGUCUCGAACCUCAAAAAGCCCGCGCGCCGCAUCGAGCCCAUUGUCCUGCUCUCGCCCUCCGCCUCCUCCCUCCUGCGCAUGUCCAACAUCAAAUCCUUCCUCGACAACGGCAUCUACAUCCCCGCCAACGACCCCUCCGUCAGCUCAAACACCCUCAAUCUCCUCCACCUCACCCGCCUGCUCCCCAGCAUCGACCCCGCCCACCGCCUCCGCUUCGUGCUCGUCGACACCCCCGACAUGUUCAAGCCGGACUACUGGUCGCGCGUCGUCGCCGUCUUUACGACGGGCCAGACGUGGCAGUUCAAGAGCUACAAGUGGACGCAGCCCGCGGAGCUGUUCAGCCACGCGCUGGGGAUCCACGUCGGGUGGAACGGGGAGGAGACGCCCGAUGUUGUGAAAGGGUGGGGACGGGGUGUUAAGUGUGUCGGCGUGGACAAGUGGAGUUCGGCGCAAGGGGCCAAAGACAGGUGGCGGGAUAGACAGGUGGUGGAGGAGAUUUGGAACGCGAUUGAGGAGAGUAUGCGCGCGAAGGGAUGGGGGAAGGAUGGGCCGAGUGCGAGGUGAGUACGAGGUCAGAGGCGCGGUGAUGGAGUGGAUUGGUAAUGGGAGGUCUUCCUGAGCUAUGGCGCGACUACAACUCUCCUGAGUCUAUCAUAUCUUGUCUUUUUUUUUGGCGGCAAGCGGUGCACUGGCGCACUGGAAUGGGGCCGAUUUGCAUAGCUAAGGCGUCUGGCUACAGGAGCUGGAAAGACUCCGUACUUUAGCUUUUUAUCUGGCACACAAAAUUCAGCAUAUGAAGCCUUUUGAUCAUCUUGGCUUCUUCUACUACUAAGUAUGUAUGGAUAUGCGCCAGUCUUGGCAG